UGGUUUGAAUAAUAACAAUAAUAAUAAUAAUAAUAAUAUAAUAAUAAUAAUAAUAAUAAUAUUUUAAAAAACAAGGACUUCAAGUCAUAGGGUUGGCCGUGCAAAGUGUCCUAUGAAUACUAGAACGUUUAGCUUUUGUUGAACUUGUAUUAGAGAGGUCUUUGUUGAGGCUGCAGUUUGUGUUAUGCUGGCUGGUAUCUGUAGACUAAAUGACACAAACAACUCUCUGUAUACUAAUAAUAAUAAAAAAAUUAAAUUGUCAUAUUAAACUGCAUUAAUUCAUAGAAAGUUCGAUGUGCCUUCUAAACUGGCGACUGGUUGUGAUUUGUUUACACCUCCUCGUCGCCCAUUUUAAUUUGAACAACAGGGGCAUACGGAAGCGGAAGUACACCUACCACGUGACUCGAGCCCUGUUUCCCGCCCGUAUUCGUAGUGAAUGAGUUCGCAGCCGGAAACUGCGGCAGGGUGACAGCUCCUGCUCUGUGCUCCACAACUCCAGAGAACCAGCCUGUGUUCGGAGAAGGAAACUCCUCCACGUCGGUUGUUGACGCGACUGACUGCAGCUGCGGGUCAACGACAGACUCAGGACUGAAGUGUUGAAGAGGCUCGACGAGUUCCCUUUCGGAUGUGAGGCAUCCCGAGUGGACCAACAAUAGUCUUCCUCAUCAUCAUCAUCAUCAUCCAGAAGUUCCUCCAGCUGCACAGACAGGUGUUGUGAUGAACAGGUCCAGGUCCAGCUGCCAGAAAAAAGGCCCCCACCCCCCAGUCACCCGGAUCACCCGCAGCUCCAGGUCCCAGGCCCGGCACACGGACUCAGCCGAGGCGCCGGACUCUGGGCCGGGCCCAUACGGAAAACAACGAAAGAAGCAGGCGGACUCCGCUCUGGCCCAGGACCUCAGCAAGAUGAGUGUCAGUGGACUGGAUGUUUUAACCACAAGUAAAGGGAAAACGUCUAAAAGCAUCAGUGACCCCGUGCAGGAGGGUCAGUCCUCUGGGUCAGGGUCUGCUCGGGGCAGCCCGACUACGUCUGCGGCCAAGUCAUCGCCCCGGAGCGGUCUUGCACCUGUGGCUCGACUGGUGAAACUCGGACGCUGUAAAAAUGUGGUGGUGGUGGCAGGAGCAGGAAUCAGCACAGCCAGCGGCAUCCCGGACUUCAGAACUCCAGGCACAGGUCUCUACGCCAACUUGGAGAAGUACAACAUCCCUUAUCCUGAAGCUAUUUUCAACAUUGACUACUUCUCCGAUGACCCGCAGCCUUUCUUCUCCCUGGCUAAAGCUCUGUAUCCUGGCAGCCAUCGACCCAACUACAUACACUAUUUCAUUCGCAUGCUUCAUCACAAAGGCCUGCUGCUCCGAAUGUACACGCAGAACAUUGACGGACUGGAGAAAUUGUGUGGCAUCCCUGACGACAAACUUGUGGAGGCUCACGGUAGUUUUGCCACAGCUUCCUGUCACCUGUGCUACACUCCUCAUCCUGCCGAGGAGGCUCAGCAUGCUAUUAUGAAUGGCAACGUUCCCAUAUGCACAUUCUGCGCUGCUACUGUCAAACCUGAUGUUGUGUUCUUCGGAGAGGACCUUCCUCAGAAGUAUUUCCUCCACACCAAUGACUUCCCCAAAGCAGACCUGCUAAUCAUUAUGGGCACGUCUUUACAGAUUGAGCCAUUUGCCAGCCUGGUGAACACGGUGCGCUCCACCGUGCCACGUCUCCUCUUGAACCGGCACGCCGUCGGUCCCUUUGAGAAGGUCCCACUGCGGAGAGGAGACCACGUGGAGCUGGGCGACCUCGAGGAUACAGUCCGGAGGUUCGCUGAAAUGCUCGGCUGGAGCAGCGAGAUCACAGAGCUGAUGAGGAGUCAGGAAACUGCGAGCAUUCCGACACUGAUAAACGCCACUCCACCACUGUCAGGACAGGCGCCUUGCCGAGGCAGAGGUACGUCAGAGCCUUCAGGUCCAUGUAUGAUGGAAACGUCCAGGUCCAGACCAGGAGUUCAAAGAGCAGCCAGCAGCGGCAGCGAGGAGACGGACUCGGAGACGGACAGCAAGAGCUCUGCCUCGUCCAACCUGAGCCACUGAUGCAUGUUUCAUUCAAAAACAAAUGACACUGGAAAGGUUUGAGACGGUGUCCUCCCUCUUUAGUUCCCACUAGGACUGUUCUCCUCUUUGCUGCUCACAUAUUUGAAUUCCAACCAGGGAAGUUUAUUGUUUAAUGUUCAUAUGUACAAAUCAAAAGUUUUAUCAACUACAUUUAAAGCACUUGGGUGAGGGGUCCAUCCAGAACACUAGUAAAUGUCUGAAGCCUGUAACAAAAAAUGUUCCUGCAAUUAUUCUUGUACAACAGCAAAACUUUUAUAUGUUGGCACCACACUGUAUUUUAAACAAUAUUUAAUAAAAUCAUUGUGUAACUUG